AUGCCCCGCUAUCCCCAGGAGUCGCCACGCGAAUCACCGACAUUGUCCGCGACCAAGAGUGAGCCAUACGAUGAGUACCAGGCGGCAAGAGAAGCACAUUAUCUCAAGCGUAACCAGCCUCCGCAGAUGCCACACGUGUCGCACGGUGCCCCACGGGUGUUGAACGACAACUACCAGGGCGGAGGAAAAGUCGCCAUUCCAUUCACGCCACCCAGCCUGAGAAUUCCCGCAGUGCGGUCUGGAUCUACGAUCCCGACGGCCGGAGCACCGUGGAGUGCCACGAGCCAGCACGAAAGGGUCAAGAUUGAGGAUCUUUUGAGCGGCGGCAGCGACGAUCGAAGGAUGCUUCAGCGUGUUCCGGAACCAGAAGUCAAGGUGGUGCGAAACGAGUACGAAAUCUUUUUCCGCCAACAACCCAUGGCGGCCAGAUGCUGUGGCUACGGCGAAAGAGACAGAAGAGUCAUUGAUCCGCCGCCCAUUGUCCAGCUGCGGAUAAACAAUCCCGACCUUACGCCUGACGAGCUGUACAACAAGAUUCAUCACCCCGCCUACGUUGUUCACUGCAGUAUCUGGAACGUGGAUGGAGAGACCGACGAAACCAACAUGCCCAACGAUGGGAUGCGGCCAGGCAAGCGGAUCAUGGGCUCGCUGGUAUCAUCGCCCUUUGUAGGUCAAGAUGAAAACGGCAACGAAGGCUGCUUCUUCUGUUUCCCCGACAUGUCAGUCCGCACACCGGGCAGCUUCCGUCUCAAAUUUGUGUUGGUUGUCGUCGACCCGACACACAUGGCAAGGAAAGCUCCCAUCCGGUCAACCAUCAUGAGCGACAUAUUUGUCGUCUACAGCGCAAAGGACUUCCCAGGCAUGCAGGCCAGCACACCUCUCACCAAGCGUCUCAAAGAGCAGGGAUGUCUUAUUUCCAUCAAAAAGGGCAACGAAAAGUCUAGUGGGAAGAACGCUCGUCGACAAGUAGACAGCGACGACGACGAAGACGAGGAAGACAAUGGUGCUGGCGGUGGCGGUGGCGGCGGAGGAGGAACCUCGACGACCAGGCGCAAAAAGACAAGAAAGCAGCGGUGA